UCGUUUACGUCACACAUUGCGCGGCGCAGGGAAGUUCGUCACCGCCGCUGGGCUGUUGGUCCCGCUGAAGCUAUCGAGGUUCUGAUCGUUUCCAUUUUUGUUUGGGUUCAAAUUCGGACUCUUGGCGACGCUUUCUGAAAGAUAAAUCAACAAAUAAACACUGCGCGCUGUUUAGUCGUCUGUUACGAGCACCGGAAACAGCAGAGUAAAGCGAAAGUUAAGGGACGAAAAUGAGUGUGGAGGCGUACGGGCCGAGUUCCCAGACCCUCACCUUCCUGGACACCGAAGAAGCGGAGCUGCUCGGAGCGGACACCCAGGGCUCCGAGUACGACUUUACCGACUUCACUCUUCCGAGCCAGACGCAAACACAAGGCCAGACCCAGAGCCAGUUGGACGGACAGAUCAAUGGUCCUGAUGAAGGUCUUCACAAUGGAGGAAUGGAUGACUCUGUGGCCAAAACCAGCCAGUUGUUGGGCGAACUCAACUUUGAGGAGGAUGAAGAAGACACCUACUACACCAAAGAUCUCCCAAUACACGCAUGCAGCUACUGCGGCAUCCAUGACCCAGCGUGUGUGGUGUACUGCAACACCAGUAAGAAGUGGUUCUGUAACGGCCGUGGCAACACGUCUGGCAGCCACAUUGUGAACCACAUGGUGAGGGCCAAAUGUAAAGAGGUGACUCUGCAUAAAGACGGGCCUCUGGGCGAAACGGUGCUGGAGUGCUACAACUGCGGCUGUCGCAACGUCUUCCUGCUGGGCUUCAUCCCAGCUAAAGCCGACUCUGUGGUGGUUCUGCUCUGCAGGCAGCCGUGCGCGAGCCAGAGCAGCUUGAAAGACAUCAACUGGGACAGCUCCCAGUGGCAGCCGCUGAUCCAGGACCGCUGCUUCCUGUCCUGGUUGGUGAAGAUCCCGUCGGAGCAAGAGCAGCUCCGCGCUCGUCAGAUCACCGCCCAGCAGAUCAACAAGCUGGAGGAGCUCUGGAAGGACAAUCCUGGCGCUACUUUGGAAGACCUGGAGAAACCCGGAGUGGAUGAAGAACCCCAGCAUGUGCUGCUGCGCUACGAAGACGCCUACCAGUACCAGAACAUCUUCGGCCCUUUGGUCAAACUGGAGGCCGACUACGACAAAAAGCUAAAGGAGUCACAGACUCAAGACAAUAUAACCGUCAGGUGGGACCUGGGGUUAAACAAAAAGCGGAUUGCAUAUUUCACACUUCCCAAGACGGAUUCAGGUGAUAUGCGGCUGAUGCAGGGCGAUGAGAUCUGCCUGCGCUACAAAGGAGAUCUGGCUCCCCUGUGGAAAGGCAUCGGCCAUGUCAUCAAAGUCCCCGACAACUAUGGGGAUGAAAUUGCCAUUGAGCUGCGCAGCAGCGUCGGAGCGCCUGUGGAAAUCCCUCAUAACUUCCAAGUGGAUUUUGUUUGGAAAUCAACUUCCUUUGACAGGAUGCAGAGCGCCCUGAAGACGUUUGCUGUCGAUGAAACCUCCGUGUCCGGUUACAUUUACCACAAACUUCUGGGUCACGAGGUCGAAGACGUCACCAUCAAGUGCCAGCUGCCGAAGCGCUUCACCGCUCCGGGCCUGCCGGACCUGAACCACUCACAGGUUUACGCUGUAAAGACGGUGCUGCAGCGGCCGCUCAGUCUCAUCCAGGGGCCGCCCGGCACCGGCAAGACCGUGACCUCCGCCACCAUCGUGUACCACCUGUCCCGACAGGGAAAUGGACCAGUCCUGGUGUGCGCUCCCAGUAACAUCGCCGUGGAUCAGCUGACGGAGAAGAUCGACAAGACCGGCCUGAAGGUCGUCAGGUUGUGCGCCAAGAGCCGGGAGGCCAUCGAGUCUCCGGUCUCUUUCCUGGCGCUCCACAACCAGAUCAGCAACAUGGACAGCAUGCCGGAGCUCCAGAAGCUGCAGCAGCUGAAGGAUGAGACCGGAGAGCUGUCGUCUGCUGACGAGAAGCGUUACCGGGCUCUGAAGCGCACCGCCGAGAGGGAGCUGCUCAUGAACGCUGAUGUGAUUUGCUGCACCUGCGUUGGAGCUGGAGAUCCCCGUCUGGCCAAGAUGCAGUUCCGGUCCAUUCUGAUCGACGAGAGCACCCAGGCCACCGAGCCGGAGUGCAUGGUCCCGGUGGUGCUGGGAGCAAAGCAGCUGAUUCUGGUGGGCGACCACUGCCAGCUGGGCCCGGUGGUGAUGUGUAAGAAAGCGGCAAAGGCGGGUUUGUCUCAGUCUCUGUUCGAGCGACUGGUGGUGCUGGGAAUCCGGCCGAUCCGCCUGCAGGUCCAGUACCGCAUGCACCCGGCUCUCAGUGCCUUCCCGUCCAACAUCUUCUACGAGGGCUCCCUGCAGAACGGCGUUACAGCAGCUGAUCGCAUCAAGAAAGGCUUCGACUUCCAGUGGCCUCAGCCGGACAAACCCAUGUUCUUCUACGUGACUCAGGGUCAGGAGGAAAUCGCCAGCUCUGGAACGUCAUACCUGAACAGGACGGAGGCAGCAAACGUGGAGAAAAUCACCACCAGGUUGCUGAAGGCAGGAGCGAAACCGGACCAGAUCGGCAUCAUCACGCCGUACGAGGGUCAGCGCUCCUACCUGGUCCAGUACAUGCAGUUCAGCGGCUCGCUGCACACCAAGCUGUAUCAGCAAGUGGAAAUCGCCAGUGUGGACGCCUUCCAGGGCAGAGAGAAGGAUUUCAUCAUCCUGUCCUGUGUUCGGGCCAACGAGCAUCAGGGCAUCGGCUUCCUGAAUGACCCGCGGCGCCUGAAUGUGGCGCUGACCAGAGCAAAGUACGGAGUGAUCAUCGUGGGGAACCCCAAAGCGCUGUCCAAGCAGCCGCUGUGGAACAACCUGCUGAACUACUACAAGGAGCAGAAGGUUCUGGUGGAGGGCCCGCUCAACAACCUCAGAGAGAGCCUCAUGCAGUUCAGCAAGCCUCGCAAACUGGUCAACACCAUCAACCCGGGGGGGCGUUUCAUGAGCACCGCCAUGUACGACGCCCGCGAGGCGCUCAUCCCAGGCUCCGCCUACGACCGCAGCAGCGCCGCUGGGCGUCCGUCCAACAUGUAUUUCCAAACUCACGAUCAGAUCGGGAUGAUCGGAACCGGGCCGGGUCAGAUGGCGGCCAUGAACAUCCCGAUACCCUUCAACCUGGUGAUGCCCCCGAUGCCUCCGCCCAGCUAUCUGGGUCAGACCAACGGCCCGGCUGCAGGCCGCGGUGCCAUGAAGGGAAAACCUGGCCGUGGAGGAAGGCAGCGGGUCCGCGGCUCGGCUCACCACGGCAACGGGCCCAACAGCCAGGCCAGCCAGGACGGGGCUUCCCAGUCCUUCUCCCAGGGGCCGCUGACUCAGGGUUACAUCUCCAUGAGCCAGCCCUCUCAGAUGAGCCAACCUGGCCUCUCCCAGCCAGAGUUGUCCCAGGAUAGCUACCUGGGCGAUGAGUUCAAGUCCCAGAUCGACGUGGCUUUGUCCCAGGACUCGACUUACCAGGGUGAACGUGCGUACCAGCAUGGCGGGGUGACUGGACUGUCACAGUACUAAAGUCACCACCAAGUGAAAGCGACGGGAUAGCGAAACCAAACCGAUGACCAGCGAGAGAAUGGGAGGGAAGGAGGAGGAGGAGAGAGCGCUAACAGACGGGCAGCGAGACGGAAAGAGGCCGCAUGAGCGAGCGAGAGAGAG